AUGUAGUGCAGGAAGUUAAUACGUUCUGUUUGUUGUUUUGGUGCCACGUUCACGACUCUCACUACAUUUCAAAAUAUAUUGGAUAAGCGAAAGGUUUAACCAUGUCGAAGGUGUCUUUAGGUAAAAUUCUACUCCGAAAUGUCAUCAGACACACAGAUGCACAUAACAAGAUUCAAGAGGAGUCUGAGAUGUGGAAGUUGAGGGAUCUUGAACGACAUGCCUCGUCUACUCAUUUCCCAAAGCACAGGGGCAGUAUGCACUGUGACCGCUAUUUGGAAGACUCGGAAGGGUCAACGAGAGACCGGCUGGGUGAGCGGAGAGAUGAUGUAUCUGAGAGAGAUGAGAGGGAGGCACGAUACUGGACACGCAAACUGUAUGAGUUUGAAGCCAAUGAUCCUGACAGGUGGGGCCACAGUGGUUUUAAGGAGCUUUAUCCAGAGGAAUUUCAUACAGACGGGGACAAAGUUUGCAGCGACAGUAAACAUAGAAAGAAAAAACACAAGAACAAACUGAACGCUGACUUGAACAAACUGAAAUCUUCCAAGAAGUCGUCUAAGAAGAAGAAAAGGAAGAAAGAGAAGAAGAAGAGGAAGAUAGCGGUGCCAGGCUCAGAGACCUGCAGUGAUGCUGAGGAGACCGCGAGAAGGAAACAGAGGAGGAAGGGAGGUAAAAGCAAACAUAAGAAAAAAGAGCGCAAAGACAGAACAGAGGACAGCAGCACAGACGACAGCCGUUCAGACACGAGGCCGAGAACUCACAGGAAGAGAGACUGUCCUGAAACAGACACACUGACUGAGCCUCAAAGGAAAAAGAGGAAAAACUGGAAAGUAGCAAACGAGGAGAGAUCAGAGGAGAGCUCUGAUGCUUGACCUUUUAGCUCGACUACACUCAGUUUUUUAAAAAAUGUGCAUGUUCUUUUUGCAGAGACUGUUGCUUAUGCAUCUGGAGUCAGUAUAUCAGUGUUUAUACCUCAUUGAUGGCUUUUUCCACCAUGUUGGCAUCCAGGAGUACUUUUUAUGAUUUUAUGAGGUUGUUAUUUACUAACUUUUUUGACCAAUUUCUUAUUAUGCUUGUUGUCAGACUGAACCAUUUUAAAUAUCAUAGGAAAAACUCAGGGAAUUUCUGCAACGUGUCAAAGAUUUUUAUAAAUAUUCUUGUAUUCAUGUCAUACUUUCAUACUCAAACCUGCCAGUCACAAUAAUACAGUGUAGUUUUGUUCUCCAAACAGCAUUAUUGUUUCUUAAAGGGACAGUUCACCUAGAAACUUAAAUUAGCUCUUAAUUAAAGAACGUUAUGGACGAGGUUUAGUUAAACCUGUGGUUCUUGGAGAUUCAAAAGAUGCAAAUCAGCAGCUAGUAGCACUUUGAGAGUCAUAAACGCAUAUGCAAGCUAAUCUAAAUGAAUACUCGUGGCUCCUGAUGAUACAUUGAGGUCUUAUGAAGCAGUACACAAGAGACUUAAAUGAUUAAAUUAAAUUAAUUUCAUGAAUCACCAAGGACAACGGGUUCAGCUAAACAUAUUUUAUUGUUCUACUAAAGUAAAUUAACAGCAUAUUUGCUUUUUGUUUUGGCAGAACUAUUGCUUUCAGAACCAGUACACUUGAAUGAUUAUCAUACUGCAGUUUCCCGUAAGGUGGCGCUGUUGCAUUGCAUCAGACCAUCAUCUCAAAGCGGCUAGCUCUUAUUUUAACGACCUGUUUUUGUUCAUUCACUUGUAAACACCUACAGUAAAUGGCAUUAUUUCUA